AUGUAAAUUAAUGUUUUAUCUAAAUGCCUUAAGUUUUUACUCCAACUAUGUUCUAAUAAAGAAAAUGAUAAAAUAGUUAAUAUUAUUGAUACUAUUGACUGUGAUGAUUCUGAAAAUGAAGAAAGUUAUAAUGAAUUAUGUAAACUAAAUAAAAAAAAAAAUCUUAAAGGUUAAUAAUAAAACAAAUAAAUAUUUGAAUCAGAUCGUUCUUCUGAUAUUGAUAGAAUAACAUUCUUGAUAGAAAAUAUAGAAUUUUACAAAUCUUAGAUGAUAUAUAGAUAAAAACUUGCUUAAUAACAACUUUUAAUAUUCUUUAUUAACAAUAUUUAAACCAUUAAAAACUUAUUGUAUGCUGUUGUUAUUAUUAUAAAUGGUCUAUAAUCUCUAAGAAACGGUGGAGGUAUUUCUGAAGCUCUUGGUAUUGCUUAAUUUAAUGAUCCUUAUUCUGAUGAAGAUUAUUAUUGGGCUAGAUAUACUUUUGAUUUAACAAACUAUAUAAUAAUAUAAACACUUUUCAUUCAAAUAUUUUUUGGUAUAAUUUUAGAUACUUUUGGUGAAUUAAGAACAGAAAAAGAUUAAAUCCUUUAAGAUAUAAACAGCAAAUGUUAUAUUUGUGGAAUCGAUAAAAAUAUUAUUUAAGGAUAAAGUUAAUCAAAUAUAGCAUGGGAAUAUCAUAUGUAUUUGGAACACAAUCUGUAUCAUUUAAUGAUGUUUAUUAUUUAAACAAAAUAGAAAAACUUUACAGAAUGCAAUCAAAUAGAAAAGUAUGUGAUAAAGUAGCUUAGAUAGCAAAAAAUAGAUUUUGUACCAAUAAGAACAUUACCUUCAGAUUAGAAAAAAAAUAUAAAAGAGGAAUCUGAUUGA